CGCGGGGCGGGAGGAAGGCGGAGGGGGGGUUGGGGGGGAGGGAGCGUACAAAGCGGCGUUGGAAGCUAGCUGUAGCGAGGCCGCGCUCGGGGUCUAGCGGCUCAGCGUCCCCGCGGCCGGAGGCGUCAUCUAGCGUGGGCGCUCACGCAGGGUGGGUCGCGCGGCGCAGGGCGAGAGGGAAGUCGUGGCGGCGGCGUCGGGAACAGCAGCAGCGGCGGGAGCGUGGUGCUGACAGGCCGUGGGGAGACAUGGGAGACCCAGGGCCGGAGAUAAUAGAAUCUGUCCCACCAGCUGGGCCUGAGGCAUCUGAGUCGACGCCGGAUGAGAAUGAGGAUGACAUUCAGUUUGUUAGUGAAGGACCAUUAAGACCUGUUCUUGAAUAUAUUGAUCUGGUCAGCAGUGAUGAUGAAGAGCCUAGUACCUCUCAUAGUGAUGAGAACUUUAAACACAAAGACUAUAUAGACCAUCAGAAGGAUAAAGUUGCUUUAACAUUGGCUCGCCUUGCCCGUCAUGUUGAAGUGGAAAAACAACAAAAAGAAGAGAAGAAUAGAGCAUUCAGGGAAAAACUUGAUUUUCAACAUGCUCAUGGUUUACAAGAAUUGGAGUUUAUUCAAGGACAUUCAGAAACAGAAGCAGCAAGACAGUGUGUGGACCAGUGGCUAAAAAUGUCAGGACUCAAAACAAGUGCAAUUAAUUCUGGAAAAAAAAAAUCAUUCCAAAGUGGAGGCAGAAUGGGGAGGUCUGAGAAGCCAAUUCUGUGUCCUAUAAUGCACUGUAACAGGGAAUUUGACAACGGGCACCUUCUCUUAGGACAUUUGAAAAGGUUUGAUCACUCCCCAUGUGAUCCAACAAUUACAUUACAUGGACCUCUCGCCAAUUCCUUUGCUUGUGUUGUAUGUUAUGAACAUUUUGUUACUCAACAGCAGUAUAGGGAUCACCUUCUCGCUAAGGCAGCUGCAGCUGAUGGACAUAGCAGUAGCCUACUUCCUCAGAUUAUUCAGUGUUUUGCGUGUCCACAUUGCUUUCUUUUGUUUAGCACCAAGGAUGAGUGUUUGAAGCAUAUGUCUGCAAAGAAUCAUUCCCAUCAGAGUUUUAACCUGGGCGAUGGUAAGGCAACAGCUCAUCCAAUAUCCUUUCCAUCUUUUGCAAAGAAACUUUUGGUCUCCCUGUGCAAAGAUGUUCCAUUUCAAGUGAAGUGUGUGGCCUGUCACCAGACUUUGCGUUCCCACAUGGAGCUCACUGCCCAUUUCAGAGUUCGUUGUAGAAAUGCUGGACCUGUAGCUAUAGCUGAGAAAAGCAUUACUCAGGUUGCAGAAGAAUUCAUAGUAAGAGGUUACUGUUCAAAUUGCAACCAAAUCUUUGUGGAUGAAGCCAACAUCGAAAGUCACAAGAAUUCUGGACACAAAGUCGCAGUUGCUAACUCAGUGGAAGAGUCAGUCUUGCUCUACUGCCACGUCCGGGAAGGGAGUAAGCCGCCUUGUGAUUUGCAUUUAUUCAAUCAACCAAAGUUUUCAUCCCUUAAACGGGUUAUGUCUAUUAAAGAGUCCAGCCCAGAGGACUGUGUUGUUCCAAAAAAGAAGCUAAAUUUAGGAGGCGAAAACCAUGGAGGACCAGCCUGUGUGCAGAGACAGAGUUCAGCAGUUACAGCCUGGUGUUGUGAGUGCAGUCGGCGGUUUCCAAGUGAAGAGGCAGUAGAAAGACAUGUCUUCUCGGCAAACACAAUGUGUUACAAAUGUGUGGUCUGUGGAAAGGUGUGUGAAGACUCAGGAGUCAUGCGCUUGCAUAUGAGCCGGUUCCAUGGAGGGGCACAUCUAAAUAACUUUCUAUUUUGGUGUCGGACUUGCAAAAAAGAGCUAAUAAAGAAAGACGCCAUCAUGGCACACAUUACUGAGUUUCAUAAUGGGCAUAGAUACUUUUAUGAGAUGGAUGAGGUAGAAGAUGAAGCCUUGCCGUCAUCCUCUGUAGUGAAUUUGAAUGCUGACAAGCCACCUUCACCCAUUACUGUUGUCGAUCAUUGCCUGACAAACAGUCCUCCAAGGGGCAGGUGGCAGUGCCAGAUCUGUGAAGAUAUGUUUGAUUCCCAGGAAUGUGUCCAACAGCACUGUAUGUCCUUGACUAGCCACCAGUUUCACAGGUACAGCUGUGCCCACUGCAGAAAGACUUUUCAUAAAGUAGAGACUUUGUACCGACAUUGCCAAGAUGAGCAUGACAAUGAGAUCAAGAUUAAGUACUUCUGUGGGCUAUGUGAUCUUAUUUUUAACACGGAAGAAGCGUUUCUGAGUCAUUAUAAGGACCACCACAGCACAGACUAUGUGUUUGUGUCAGAAAAGACUAAGCCCUCAAUUAAAACCGAGGAGGAUUUUAAAAUAAUAGAGACCAGUAAUUUGUUAAGCUGUGGUUGUCAUGAGAGCUAUGUCUGUAAAGUCAACAGAAAGGAAGAUUACGAUCGAUGUCUUCAAGUCAUGCUAGAGAAAGGGAAACUGUGGUUCCGCUGCAGUGGGUGUUCAGCGACAGCACAGAAUUUAGCCGACAUAAAUACUCACAUCCAUCAAGUGCACAGAAGAGAAAAAAGUGAUGAGGAACAGCAGUAUGUGAUCAAGUGUGGCAUCUGCACCAAAGCAUUUCACAAUGCUGAGAGUGCUCAGCAGCACUUCCACAGAAAGCAUGGUACCUUCCAGAAACCCAGUGUGACUCAUGUUGGAUCAGACAGAGGAAGCACGUGCAAGUUUGCUGCCAGUGUGUCCCACACUGAGAAAAAACUGCAGAAACAUUCUGACGUGGAGAAAGGAGCUGAGCGUGACAUGAGCUGCCAGAAUCUAGAGGAGGAAGUUGAGCUUCCAGAUGUGGACUACCUGCGAACCAUGACUCAUAUAGUCUUUGUAGAUUUUGAUAACUGGUCGAACUUUUUUGGUCAUCUACCUGGGCACCUUAAUCAAGGAACGUUUAUUUGGGGCUUUCAAGGAGGAAACACCAAUUGGAAGCCUCCGCUCAGCUGUAAGGUGUAUAACUACUUGAAUAGGAUUGGAUGCUUCUUCCUUCAUCCUCGCUGUAGUAAAAGAAAAGAUGCUGCUGAUUUUGCCAUAUGUAUGCAUGCUGGCCGACUAGAUGAACAACUGCCCAAACAAAUUCCUUUCACCAUCCUCUCGGGAGACCAAGGUUUUCUGGAGCUAGAGAAUCAAUUUAAGAAGACUCAGAGGCCGGCUCACAUACUAAACCCUCACCACUUAGAAGGAGACAUGAUGUGUGCCUUGUUAAAUAGCAUAUCUGAUACUACCAAAGAGUGCGACAGUGACGACGGCACUGGUGUGAAAGGCACGCCCGUGGAGGAGCUCAGAUCCACAGAGGACAACAUAACAAGCCAGAGCUCCCGCUCAGGAAAAUGCAGCUCAGGAAACUUCUUAAAGGUGCCACUAGUGCCUGUCCAUCACAGACCAGAUGGGGAAAGAUGUUGGUGAGAAGCUAGUACAAGCUGAUGAGUUGACUCCUAAUCCUACCCCCCUGGCUUAGCCUCACUCACUCUCAGUGGGAACACAGAAAAAGACCUGUGAGCUAGUGAUGCUUGUCCUGUUCACUGUUGUGUUUAUUCUGUGUGUGCUGCAUGUAUGUGCACAGGUGUGUGUGCUCAUGUGUGCAUGGAUGGAAGCCAGAGGGUAACAUUCCACUUCUUUCGUUGUUGUUGGGGUUGUGGUGGUGGUGGUGUGUGUUUGAUUGUCUUUUGAGACAGGGCGUCUCACUGAGUCUGGACUGAGCUUGCCGUCUGGGCUGCACUGUCAUUCUCUCUCUGCCUUCCAAGCACACACCACCAUGCUGAAUCUCUUAUGUGUUAUGGGUCCAAACGCAUAUCCCCAUGCUUAUGUGGUAGGAACAUUAUCCCCGGAAUCAUGUCCCUAUCCCCAGUACUGGAGUCUUGUUCCUGAUAUACGGUGUGCAUUUCACAAACGUUUGUGACAGGUGCAUACGCAUACCUGUGUUCUCUCUCUUUCUCUCCCUCCCUCUAUCCUUCCCUCUAUGUCUCUCUCUUUUCUUAGAUGCCAUGUAACUGAGAGCUUCAUUCUGCCUUAGAAUUUUCCCUGAGCCUUAUUGAGGUAUAGUUGACAAGUAGGAAAUUUAAUAGCCAUUUCAUAGUAUUACCUUGCUGUUUCUGUCCACCUCCCUCCUUCCCACUGCCCUUCUUUCACCUCCUCCUUUCUUUUUGUUUGUUUUUUGGGAUAAGAUCUC